AUGAAACGUAAGAAUGAUGAUAAACAUAAAAUUAAUAAAAAACUCAAAUUUACUUUUCCAACAGAGAUUAUUCGAUUGAUUAUUCAAAUAUAUGAAUUUGAAGAUUUGGAAGAAUUAAUAAAUAUUGCUUUAGUAUCAAAAUUAUUCAAAGAGUUAAUUAAGGAAUUAUUUGUUAUAAUUUUUAUUGUUGGAGAAUCAUGGAUGCUUUACAAUCCUAAACCGAUUUAUAAAUAUAAAGUUAUAAGAAAUGGUAUUUCUCAUGAAUUGACUAAAAAAAGAUGUGGUAAUUUGAGAUCAAUAUAUUAUGAUUGGAGGUAA